CCCGACUCCUUCGCCAGCCCCUCUACCCUACCCGGGCCCUCUGCCUCUGAAAAGCAGCUUUACUUGGUCUGCAUCGCGGGCCCGGGGCACAGCCAUGGCUGACGGCGGCGGGGGAACGGGGGCAGUGGGCGGCAGCGGAGCUGGCCAGACUUCGGCGGGGGCAGCUUCGGGCGCGACAGGGGCGGGCGGGAGCGGCGGCCCCAUCAACCCGGCCUCUUUGCCACCUGGUGACCCGCAGCUCAUCGCCCUCAUCGUGGAGCAGCUGAAGAGCCGGGGCCUGUUUGACAGUUUCCGCCGGGACUGCCUGGCCGACGUGGACACGAAGCCAGCUUACCAAAACCUGAGGCAGAAAGUGGAUAAUUUUGUGUCAACACAUCUGGACAAGCAGGAGUGGAAUCCCACGAUGAACAAAAACCAAUUACGAAAUGGUCUGAGGCAGAGUGUCGUUCAGUCAGGGAUGUUGGAAGCUGGAGUAGACAGAAUUAUUUCCCAGGUGGUGGAUCCAAAACUAAACCACAUCUUCAGGCCACAGAUAGAACGAGCAAUUCAUGAGUUCCUGGCGGCCCAGAAAAAAGAAGCCACACCAGCUCCCCCUCCUGAGCCUGAGAGCCAGGACCCUGUGGCUCCAUCCCAGGAUGCGUCUUAAG